AUGUCCUUUGAUGUGACUCGCGCAUGCGCAAAACUUGCCUUAAAUAGAGGCGAAGACGCGAGCGAGGGACCACUCACAUCCAGCCGUUACCUAGCGACAAGCGACAAGGAUUCUGAAAACGGCGACAUGGAUGAAGGCUCCCCGCCGGUGCCGGUCCUUCAACUCCCCGCUGUCCCAGACGUCCUAGACACCGACACAAGGCGGCUCAUCGGCCGGUUCCUCACUGACUUUACUGGGCUGUCCACACCUGCUUGGAACCAAAGCAACGUCCAGUAUAUGAUGAAAAAGGUCGUGACGGGAGUGGUGGACAAGUACAGGAUUCCAUACAAUGCCAUCAUCCACAGGCUGUCAUUGGAUCAAAGAGGGCGCGACAUGUCCUUCAUCGGCGAGGUGGCCAGGAAUCUAUUCGCUGACGGGAUAACCAACUGGGGUCGCAUCGCCAGCCUGUUGGCUUUCUGCGCUGUGGUAUCUGAACGCCUCAAGGCGAGGCAGCAAGAGUGCUGCGUGGAGCUGGUGGCCCAGGAGGUCUCAAACUUUCUGAUCUCACACCAGCGCACCUGGCUUGUGCAGCACAACGCAUGGGAUGGAUUUCUCACAUUCUUCAAGGAACAAGACCUAGAGUCUACAUUGAAGAAAUCCAUCCUAGCCUUUGUUGGUUUGGCCGGCGUGACAGCAGGAAUCAUCCAUCUGCUGAGAUGAACAUCAGCCAACUUUUAAAAUGCCAUUUUCUUUAUACAGUGUUUUUAUUCAAAAUAGACUUAACCCCCAAAACUAUUCUACCCAUUCACUGUUCAAACACAUUUGUACAAAGAAAGCUAGAGAUGCCUCUUUUUUAAAUUCACAUGUAUAUUUUCUAAAAACUACUGUAAAGAAAACAAGACAAGAAGUGAUCUUAUUUUUACUACUAUUUUUUGUUGGAAAUUCUAUUAUUGACAAGUACUUUUCUUGUAUAG